AUGAUUGGAUGGAACAGAGAACCGUCAGACUCCCCACCCAAUUCACCGCCACGAUCGCCGACUUAUAAGCGGGUGUGCAGAGAGGUGGGUUACGAUGAGGAGGAGGAUGAUGAUGAAAUGAUCGAUAGUGAUGCCGAUACGUUCAUUAUCGACACCAAGCCAUGUUUUGGCAACAGUGCUGGUGAUGAUGAUCGCGAGUUUGAGCGAAAUUUUGCUGGCGAGCAUCAUCAUUUCGAAUCAUCACCAUCACCGACUGAUGUGGAGGAUGAGGAGGGGGAGGAUGAGGAGGAGGAGGGUGAGGAGAAGGAUGAGGGGGAGGCGGACGUGGAGGGUGUAUGGAAUGACGACGAUGUUGAUGAGGGGCGGGUGGAGUUUGCUAAUGAUUUUGACGGUUGUGAAGAUGUACACGUCAGAUUCAGAUUGCUUCUUGAUGAGAUUGAUCAAAUCCAUCAAAUGCUGGGAGACAUCGAUAGAGCUGACGAUGAUGGCUAUUAUUCAUUAAAAUUAAAAAACAAUUUUUCAUCACGAGUCAAUUUCGAAAAAAUGGCAUCUCAUUUCCAUCACGAGUAUGAUUCAAGUGAUGACGAUGAUGGUGACGAAUGGGCAAUCGUUGAUUGGGGUGAGGAUGAAGAGGCUGAGGAAGAGAUAAUUAUAGGCUUUUCCGAAGCAACACGCUAG